UGUGGUAUCGGUAUACAGAGUGGACACCAUGGAACAGUUGUUCGGCUACUUGUGGUAUCGGUAUACAGAGUGGACACCACAGAACAGUUGUUCGGCUACUUGUGGUAUCGGUAUACAGAGUGGACACCAUGGAACAGUUGUUCGGCUACUUGUGGUAUCGGUAUACAGAGUGGACACCAUGGAACAGUUGUUCGGCUACUUGUGGUAUCGGUAUACAGAGUGGACACCAUGGAACAGUUGUUCGGCUACUUGUGGUAUCGGUAUACAGAGUGGACACCAUGGAACAGUUGUUCGGCUACUUGUGGUAUCGGUAUACAGAGUGGACACCAUGGAACAGUUGUUCGGCUACUUGUGGUAUCGGUAUACAGAGUGGACACCAUGGAACAGUUGUUCGGCUACUUGUGGUAUCGGUAUACAGAGUGGACACCAUGGAACAGUUGUUCGGCUACUUGUGGUAUCGGUAUACAGAGUGGACACCAUGGAACAGUUGUUCGGCUACUUGUGGUAUCGGUAUACAGAGUGGACACCAUGGAACAGUUGUUCGGCUACUUGUGGUAUCGGUAUACAGAGACGACAGCGUUUCUGUACGAAUCCGCCACCACAGCGGUUUGGGGACCACUGCUUCGGUUUGAAUAUUGACGAUCAGCUAUGUAUGCCUGGAGCUUGUAGUGACGGCGGCUGGAGUGAUUGGGGAUCAUGGAGCAGAUGAAGUGUUACAUGUGGCGAGGGCUUCCAUUCAAGAACAAGGAACUGUACAAAUCCUAGACCAUCGCCUUUUGGGCGAAAUUGUGAUGGAGAUCCGAUGCAAGUGAUGUCUUGCGGGCAUACAGUCUGUCAAGAUUCUGGUGGAACGAAUGUUGCUUUUCGUAGUAAGGGUUUAAUGGACAUAUCAUUAUCUACUGGAGACACUUUCCUAUUUGGAACGACAACGCUAAAUGAGGGUAACGGCUAUAACAGUACUUCUGGUACAUUCACUGCGCCGGUAGGUGGCACUUACUCGUUCUCAGUACAAGCCUGCUCGCGUGCUGGGCAUUACGGGUUUUAUGGAAUAUUUGUCGAUAAUGUGAAAAUAAAAACUGGUUACUACGGCGACAACGGAUAGGCAAUGUGUCACACAGCUGAUACCGUUGUCAUUCUGAAACCUGGGGAUCGUGUUUUGGUACAAUGUGUUUAUGGUCCAUGUGAUUUGCGCAGGGACGAUGUCAUGUAUUUGAAUACAUUCUCUGGUUUUUUAGUGCACCAGUAAACAUGGUAAACAAGCUAUGUUUGUGUUAAUGUUCCUGUUGGUUGUAACGUCACAGAUUACGUAAAUUUGAAGUAUUGUUCUUUUUACUUCAACAAUGAUUAAUAUGAAAUAAAAGAAAGCCCCGAAGCAAGCUCGAUGAAACCAGAUUUUAAAUUUGUUUUUAAAAAGGAGUUAGAAUGAAACUAUUCGCUAUUCAAAAGAAAGCGAAAAUUAUUUUGGUGUACAGACACUAAAUACGAAAAUGACACGAAAAAGUACUUUUCAGAAUUGGUUAUGGAAACGUAUGUCGUACACCACCGCUACAGUUUGGGGUUUCAUUUUCUUCUUUGCUGAAUUUACAGUGUGUUUGCUUGACUGAAGAUACUUUUCUUGUAUCGAAC